AUGGCCUUAGGUCCGGGCCAACCCUCGCGUUCUCCCUAUAAAAACAUCUACAGGUUUUCCGUCUUCGCCGUUUCCUUUGCACUGCUAGUGUUAGCUUACUUCUGGGCUACGGAACGGCCUGCAGCUAAUUCUGCUCUCCCGCGGAACCGUAGCGCAUUUGCGCCUGGGGGACCUUCCUGGAAUGAUCUACUCGGCCUUUCCAGAUCAUUUGUAACAACAUAUACGAAACCGCGAAACAAUCUUUCGCCCGAGAGUAACACCACGUUGCGCCCUCAGCUCAGACUACCCUCUGGCUAUGUCACAUCUCCCGAUGUUACAGCAAUCGUCUUGAACUGGGCUCGCUUAGAGAAUGUCAAGCUCAUUGUAUCUCUUUUAUGUGAUCCUUGGCUCUCUGACGCGGUAGCUGAGACAUUUCAAGAAGCUCAGUGCGCUCCUGGCAAGCUACGUGUUCAUAACUCUCCUGAAAAUGUCUUCUUUCAAGCUCGCUUCCUUGCGUGCUCAGAAGCAAACACUCCUUUAUGCUUCUUGCAGGAUGAUGAUUACAUCAUUUUGCCAGAGGUUAUACAAGCUCUUCGCACUCGCGCCCUUGCGAAGGACGACUCGGCGAUCUAUCUGCUCCCACCCCACGAAUAUUUGUCCAGUUGGCUGAAAACAGUUGUGGCAGAUAAAGUGCACACGUCUUUUGCAUGGCUUGGACAUGGUGUUAUGGUGCACAAGUCGUUAGUGAACAAAUUCUUGGCCACCAUGCAUAGUUUGAAGCCAUCCGACGAAGUAAUGAAAAUGGCGGAUAACUAUUUUUCCAUUGUGAACAACGUUGUCGCCGAGACGUGGUUUGAUCAUGGCAUUGAACUCGGCGGAGGCAAGCCCUUCACAGCAGGUCAGGAAGGCGACGAACGCAACAAACGACACAUUGCAAGCGCAUGUGCAUACCUUGAUACCCUACUCGACACGGGCACGGUGGACUUGGAAUCCGUUACUUGGGCUUCAGCUGAGGACUUGCUCAAGGCACCAUGUCUAUGGUCGUCUUGCCUGUUGGAGACAAAUAUCCAGGUGCUACCGCCUAGGCUGCACCAAGGUGCAAGACAUGCAAAAGACAUGCUUCUGCAGGAAGAAUAUUCGCUCAGAAAUCUGACUGAGCAAGAUACUUCACAUUUUUACAAUCACCCGCUGUCGUUUGCGGUUGAUGGUCGACCGCAAACGUCAUUCUGCGGUUCUCAAAAUGCGACGGCAGGCGACUUUAUGCAACUGGAUCUGCUAUCGAGUACUACGUGGCCAAAGGGUGUGGUGGAUCUUGUGUGGCUCAUACCAUCUGCGGGCGAACCUAUCCUCGAGUUCUCUAUAUUUGAUGUUUCCGUGGACGGGCAUGAAUGGGUCUCGGUAAAUUCCAUGGUCGAAUGUGAGGAAGUACCCAUGGAUCUUCAAUCUACGAAAGUGAAUUAUCGUCUGAAUGAGUGUUCAGCUGUCUUGACAGUGGAGGAUCGAUCUAUACGCUUCAUUCGAACAACGUUGGGUAGAAACAUAGAUUUCCCCUGGUGCGUCCAUGAAAUGUGGUUGCGUGACGGUGUGAAGCCAGCAUAAAUUUAGCUGGUGUCUUCUACAUACGUGCUCCGGAGAGAUAUCCUUUAUAUACAUCCUUACGAACAUAUAACGAGCUCUGGUUCUUGGAUUUUUC